CAUAUGGAGGAUGGUUUGACUGUAAUUACACUCUCUUGGCCAGAGAUGGCGCAGUGAGCCUGUGUGCGUGUGAUCGCGAGACACCGGGGCUGUUUGGCUGGACUAGUUUCCUGAAGCUUAUCAUCUCAAACUGCCUUUUCUGUGUAACUAUGAACCCACCAAAAUCCCAGAGUAAAGGUGUCAGCACAGGCACUACCAUAGUUGCAGUAAAGUACAAUGGAGGUGUUAUUAUUGGUUCAGAUUCCAGGGCCUCAAUUGGUGGGUCAUAUGUGGCAUCUAAGGUCAUUAACAAGCUGAUUCAGGUUCAUGAUCGGAUAUUUUGCUGCAUUGCUGGUUCACUGGCAGAUGCACAACAUGUUACAAGAGUAGCAAAGUUCCAGCUGUCUUUCCACAGUAUACAGAUGGGAUCUCCUCCUUUGGUAAAAGCUGCAGCCACUGUAUUAAAAGAGUUGUGCUACAAUAAUAGAGAAGAUCUACAGGCUGGUUUCAUCACAGCGGGUUGGGACAAGAAAAAAGGGCCACAGGUGUACACAGUAUCUAUGGGAGGUAUGCUGGUUAGUCAACCCUUUACCAUUGGAGGUUCUGGUAGCACGUAUAUCUACGGCUACAUGGACGCUAAGUUCAAACCAGAUAUGAGCCGAGAGGAGUGCAUUCAGUUCGUCAAAAAUGCUUUGGCGUUAGCUAUUGGCAGAGAUAAUGUGAGUGGGGGCAUCGCUCAUUUGGUGGUGAUUACUGAAGGUGGAGUUGACCAUGUUGUUGUUCCUGGUGAUAAAUUACCCAAGUUUAGUGAUGAAUAACUGAUUAAAAUGACGAGUAACCUCUGAUUAACUACUGUGAUAUUCUGAAAUGGUAGAGAGAAUACACUAAGGUUGUAUACUUGUUCAAGUCCAUAUGCAAAGACAAACAAUGCAGUUUCACAACAUCUCCCUAUUUAAUGAAUAAGAAUCCACUGGGAUACAGUCAUUUUUCAACAUUAGAUUUUAUAAUAUUUUUUUUGCUCUAGUAUCUUUUGUGGAUUGAUUUAAUUGUAUGUCAUUCUUUUGCAGAAGAACAUUUUACAUAAUAAAAUUAAUUUUAA